AUGACUUUUCCUAAUGAUUCACAUAUUUCUAAUGAAAUUACUUGCAAUUCUGAGGAAAAUAUGUUAAAUGAACCUAAUCAUGAUCGAAAACCUGAUGUGGUUUGGAUAGAUGCUGAUUUUUCUAACGAUCCUACGCUCUGCAACGACAGUCCUGAUGAAUUUCAUGAGAAUAUUUCAGAAGAAUCAAAUCCUGAUGUCAUAUCAUAUAUUACCUAUCCUCAUAAUGUAUUUGAUCUUCGUGAAAAACCUGCCCAAUGCGAAGCACGAGUACUAAGUGACCUCGAGUUUUAUUAUAUUUCGGAUGAUUUCAUAUCAACUGCUGUUUACUCUUAUCACAAAAACAGUUCUAAUGUUUACUCUAAACAGUGUGAGAAAUAUGUUUUAAAUGAAGCCACAUUAUUCAUAACUUGGGGAUAUAAAGAUCCAACAUUAUUUCGUGGAGGAGGAUAG